AUGCAGUUACUCUGGGCUCUCCUCCUGCCUCUUGCUCCUGCAGUCCUCGCGCAGCCCUCACCCGACUCUGAGUCACUUACAUGGGGGGCCUAUCGCCCGAACCUUUACUUUGGCCUCAGGCCAAGAGUUCCGCAGUCGUUGAUGACGGGCCUCAUGUGGUUUGGUACUAGGGACUAUCAGUCUCUACCGCGCGCACGACAUGGUUGCGAUCAGGGAGACGGCCUCAAUGGCUAUACUUGGACAGAGUACGACGCCCGCGAAGGCGGCGUCCAAAUCAUUAAGGAUGGGCCAAACAACGUUAUUAUAACGACUGAGUUCUUGAAGGUACCUGGAGGAGAGCAUGGCGGCAGCUGGGCUGCCCGUAUAAAGGGCGAACCAAUGGAUCAUAGUUUGCCUAGUCGUGUAUCUACCAUCUUUUAUGCCGGAUUAGAGGGCAUUGGAGGGAUUGACAUGGAGACCGAGGAGGCUGAUAACGGUCUGGAAGGACCCGUCGCAUUUACAGGCUCCUCACCAGAUUUGGACGACUUCGUCCUUCGCAUCGUAGAUGGUCCGAACAACGAACCAGUCACGUUAGGCACGCAUUCCAGCGACUUCACCGCCAGUAUCGGAAAGACGCACUUCGUCGGAAUCCGCGUUCAACCUGGCACCGUUUGGCAAGCAAGAGAAUUCCUCCUCAAGAACAUCCUUGACCACACUAAAGACGUGCUUGAGCCUUACAAGGACAUUGCUGCUGGUCUACCUGACCCGUCCUUUACGCUCCACCUCUCGGAUGAAGUGUACUCCGGGAGCAAUCUCUAUGCGGUGCAGAAGAUCUUUGAGGGACCGUUCCAGUUCGAUGUCUACUUUGAGAGUUCCAGCGCAAAGCACAAGUUGAGCUCGUCGAUACUGGACGAGGGCAUUCCUGCUCUGCUCACGGACUUCAACGAGCGCUUUGAUAAGACAUUCCCGGUGCCGUCGACAUAUCACACCGCCAACCGUGACUCUCUGAGGGCGUUCUCGAAGGCCAUCACAUCCAAUCUCAUUGGUGGGAUCGGCUAUUUCUAUGGAACGUCUAUCGUCAACAAGGGCUUCGCGUAUGAGUGGGACAAAGAGGAUGACGACCCCUCGAAUGACAUUGAAGAAGGCGCUAGAUUGACUGAACCGAGAGCACUUCUCACAGCGACGCCGAGUAGGAGUUUCUUCCCGCGCGGAUUCUACUGGGACGAAGGGUUCCACCUUCUGCACAUCGGCGAAUGGGACAACGAUCUUAGCCUGGAAAUCCUGAGAGACUGGAUCAACCUCAUCGAUGAAGAUGGCUGGGUUGCCCGAGAGCAGAUCCUGGGUGAAGAAGCCCGUAGCAGGGUUCCUUCCGAGUUCCAGACACAAAUUCCCACCAAUGCGAAUCCUCCUACCCUAGCCAUGGCCGUCACCGCCUUCAUACAACGGUUGAAGUCCUCAUCCGCAGGCCUUUCUGAGCAGGAACUCGGCAUGGACUUGGGUACGGGCGCACAGAUCACGCUAGCCGAGUCUCUCGAGCCCGCGCCCGGCAGCCGCUACCUCGAAUCCCAAGAGCUCGCACUCGACUAUCUCAGGUCGAUCUAUAAGCCUCUCAAACGUCACUACGACUGGUUCCGUCGCACACAGCGCGGGCAGAUCAAGCAGUAUGGGCGUCGUGCGCGAUCGCGCACGGAGGCGUACCGCUGGCGUGGUCGCAGCCAGCAGCAUGUCCUGACCAGUGGGAUGGACGACUAUCCGAGGGGCCCGCCGCAUUCGGGAGAGCUGCACUUGGACUUGAUCUCAUGGAUGGCGUUCUUUUCGCGGACGAUGAGGGAGAUCUCUGAUUUCAUCGGUGAGGUCGAUGAUGCGGCCGCGUUCGAGGAGAUCGAGAAGGCUACUAUUGGCAAUAUUGAUGAUCUGCAUUGGAGUGAAGAGAACCAGAUGUACUGCGACGUCGACGUAGACCAGGAGGAUGAAUCAUACUUUGUCUGCCACAAAGGGUAUCUUUCCAUCUUCCCAUUCAUGCUCGAGCUGCUCCCGCCAGAGUCCCCGCACCUUGGUGCCAUUCUCGACCUCGUGCGCGACCCCGAGCACCUUUGGUCCCCAUAUGGCCUGCGCAGCCUGUCCAUCUCGCACCCCGAGUUCGGCAAGGGCGAGAACUACUGGAAGGGCCCGAUCUGGAUCCAGAUGAACUUCUUGGCGUUGAAAGCCCUGUAUAAGACGUAUGCUGCACAGGAGGGGCCUUAUCAAAAGCAAGCUCAGGAGAUCUACUCUGAGUUGAGGAGGAAUGUCAUCGACAACGAAUACGAGCGUACGGGCUAUGUCUGGGAACAAUACGACUCCAUAACUGGAGAGGGCAGACGAAGUCACCCAUUUACCGGCUGGACGUCCUUAGUGACGCUGAGUACGCUACGCUCGAGCUACUUACUGAGCUGCUUACUGACAAUGUCAUCUAGUUCUCUCCGAAAAAUAUUGAUCGGGGCAUUGCGCGCAGAUGCGAGAAAUACGCCGCUCAAAAUCACCCGCAUGAUAUACCACUGA